CGGAAGUUGAUUUUUGGAUUGGAAUGUUUUGUGACCAGCCAAAAAGAUGUGAUAAAUAAGGAUGUUUUACCUUUAUCAUCUACAAAAAUACAAAUUUAAUAUAAAUAAGGUCCACAAAAUCUUAAAGAUGGGUUAAAUACACCUUUAGGUGUAACAGUAGGGACAAAAUGACCACUGAAGAUCUACUUGUUCCAGGUGUGGUCAUCAAAGAAAGAUGGAAAGUGACCAAAAAGAUUGGUGGUGGUGGGUUUGGAGAGAUCUAUGAAGGAACUGAUCUGAUUACCAAAGAGUCUGUGGCCCUUAAAUUGGAAUCUUCUCAACAGGCAAAACAAGUCCUCAAAAUGGAAGUUGCUGUAUUAAAAAAGCUUCAGGGUCGAGAUCAUGUAUGUCGGUUUAUUGGCUGUGGUAGGAAUGAUAAAUAUAACUAUGUAGUGAUGACAUUACAAGGGAAGAACUUGGCCGAGCUGAGACGGAGUCAAUCUCGUGGAUGUUUCUCACUCAGUACUACGCUGAGACUGGGAGCACAGAUGUUAAAGGCAAUAGAGUCUAUACAUGAAGUUGGUUUCCUUCAUAGAGAUGUCAAACCAUCCAACUUUGCAAUGGGAAGACUCCAGAAAGAUUGUAAGAAAGUGUUUAUGUUAGAUUUUGGCCUAGCUCGACAGUAUACAACAGCCACUGGAGAAGUACGACCUCCUAGGACUGCAGCAGGAUUUAGAGGAACUGUCCGAUAUGCUUCUGUUAAUGCUCACAAAAAUAAGGAGAUGGGCCGCCAUGAUGAUUUAUGGUCACUGUUUUAUAUGCUAGUAGAAUUUCUAUCAGGCCAGUUACCAUGGAGAAAAAUCAAAGACAAAGAACAAGUCGGGAUAAUGAAGGAUAAAUACGAUCACUCUUCACUUUUAAAAAACAUGCCAAAUGAAUUUGCGACAUUUCUUGAACACAUUUGUAAGUUAGAAUACUUUGACAAACCUGACUACCCGAUGUUACACACAUUACUUGAUCAGUGUAUAAAACGUAAAGGAAUUAAAGAAUCAGAUGCUUACGACUGGGAAAAGAUCUACUCUGAUGGUUCUGUAGCUACAACUAUAACAACAUCACCUCCAAUAGGGAUUAAACAGACACAUGGACAGGGCCUUCAACCAGGAGGACCUCACACACCAGGGCAUGGGGCUACAGAAGCCAUGGAUGAAAAUCUAAGUCAAGAUGAGGUCGAGGACAAGAAGAUCAAAGAUUAUAUCAUUGACAGUAAAAAUAUCGAUAACAAAUUACGUGAAGAACAUGGCAUAAUGGAAAACCAGGAACCGAGAGGCGUGCUGGAAAUACAGGAAAAACAUCAAGUGGAAGAAUUAGUCAAAGAAGAAACUGUUGAAAAUAUCGCCAAACCUGAAACUAACAUUGACAUACUGGCUGAACGGUUGAAUAAGAUUAUGAAAACAGAGGUUAAAGUUGAGGAACAAAAGCAGGAUGUUGAAAUAACACAAGAUAAUAGAGAGAUUGUUCCGAAAAUAACACCAGCCAAAAAAGUUAUGAUCAUGCCUGAAAAAGAUGUAGAUGUUGAUGAUAAUGAUAAACAUAGAGAAGAAACUGUAGGGAAAAGAAGGGAUUCUGGGAUUGAUCAUAUUAGUAAGGCAGGCAUUACUUUUGCUGUCAUGGAAACAGAAGAUAAAACACAUGAUGGCGUCCUUGAUGAGAACGCUACCCGAGCAGCCCCAUUAACUGUAGCUAGUCAGUGGCAGUCAGCCUUUGGUUCUAGCUCUGAUAGUUCUAAUGAUGAGAGCGAAGGUGAUAAUAAUGCUAAAGCCAAAAAGUUGUCUAAACAUAGAAUGAACACUUUAGCGGAUGAGGAAGAAUGGCGACCAGAUAAUGCUUUACGUAAUUCUCUUGUGUUACAGGAUGACAAUGAUUUUCUUAAAGGAUCUCUGAAUUUCUUAGAUGACGAAUUAAAUGAAAGCGAUAGUCAAAGUAAAAGGAAAGAUUCACAUAUGAAAACUAGUUCCUCAUUAGGACAUAUUGGUGAUAGACAUUUAUUGAAAUCUAGUCCCGGCAAAGGAGCUCUGAAAGACAAAAAUACUUUAAUGUCGUUAUUAAAACAAGGAGGAAGGUCAUCACCCCUGGCAUUCAAAGAGGGUUUAUUACCUUCCUUAGGCCAGUUUAAAGUGGGUCCGUAUGGUAAGCCACCAACACCACAAUCAAAAAGGGACAGUUCCCCAGCAAAGAAAGGAUCAAAACGGGAAGAAAAUUCAGGUGGUAAAAUGAAACGAUCAGAAAGUGAAGGGAAUAAAUUAGAUAAAAAAGACAAUAUAAUGAAGGGAUUAUUGGAGGAAAGUGAUAAGUUUUCUAUUGUAAAGUUUGACAAUGAUAAGCCUGACAUUGCUCAAACGGACAUUGAUACGAUAGAUCCAAAACCUGAGAUUAAACCUAGUCAACCAAUCACUGCCCCUCCUCGUCACAUAAGUGCAAUAGAUCAACCCGAUCAAAUUACCUCUAAUCCUUACGGUACCUUUCUAGAUUUCAAUUCUAUAGGUAAACAUUCUGAGUCUAGUACAAAACCAAAAGUUGUUGAUAAAACAAUUAAUCCAGUCAAACUUGAUAUUACAGACACAUUAAAACCAGUGAAAACUAGUGAUAAUGAUAGUGGAAUUCAUAUUACUGAUAAAACUUCCGAUUCUAUUUUAAGAUGUUCAGACGAUAAUGUUCCGACAGACAAAGUUGGUCAUGUGACUGAUGUAUCAUAUCAGUCACCGUUAUCGAAUCUCUUGUCAAAUCCAGGACCACAGUUACAUAUACCCACUAGUCUUGAAAUUAUAAAUAGCCUCCCAUCAUCGCCAAAGAGAAGACAACUCCCUGUAAUACAACAAGAUAAUGAAAGUAAGAAAAUAUCCGUUAGUAAAAAUACUGAGUCAUUAGAAAAAGCUGUGAGUAAAAAUAGUGAGUUGUUAAAUAAAGUCAACAGUAAAAAAAGUGGCUCGGUCGAAAAUUUAGUCAUCAAAACAGAUGAAUCAUUAGAAAAAGUCAUGAAGAAAAAUACAGAACUGUCUGAAAAAUUAAUCCAUAAAAAGGUUGAAUUGCCGACGAAGGUAGUUAAACCUGCGAUACCUAAGAAACCUGCAAUAGAAAUAAAAUUAAAUUUAGAUGAAUUUAAGUCUUCUAAUCAGACGUUAAAUAUCAUGGAAAUGGAUGAUCAUUUAGAUUUAGAUGAUUUUGAAUCAGCGAAACAUUUAUUUGAUAGCGGAGCUAAGAUAGAUUUAGACAAUCUUGAUUCCGAUCGUCAAAGUUCACAUAGUUCCCAUCAUGACGAUAAGGCAAUUAACAAAGACAAAAAGGAAACAAAGCCUGUAAUCUCUAGUCUCAAAUCUGAAUCACAGCGAGGGAAAGUUAGAAAACAUAACAAACUUCAUUUUGGAGUAAAAGACGGUAAAUUAGUCAGGAAUACCAUGUCCCCAAUACUGGAAGAUCCUAGUAAAUUAGUAAAGGAUCAGCUUAGGAUAUCAUCAUCAAAAACAUCAGUUAAAAGAGAUUUUAAAGAAAGUGAUUCCAAAGAAAAAUUAAAAAGUGAUUCAUCAAAUGAAAGAUUAAGUAGGGCUGAUAAGCCACUGGAACAAAAGCGAUCAAAUUCUGUUAAAGUAAAACGUUCCUCAUCUGCUUCACGAUUGGAUCGCACAACGAAAGAUUUAGAAGAUGUUAAAGACAAGCUGUCAAGUUUAUCACCCAACCCCCCGGACGCUGAUCGUCUUCCUAAACCACCACCAGGGCAUGCGCCAAAAAAUGCUGCAGUAUUAGCAAGACGUCGUCGCUACAAAAUGGCGUCCACCAAUACAAGUCCAAGAGAACCUUCCUCGCCUAGGGCUCAAUAACAAUGGUGGACCAUUUCUGCUUUCAUCGUGUUCAUAUGUGAUCACAAUUUAAACGUGAUAAAACUGAUUUGAGCCGGUCUUGCCUUAAAAUGGAAGACAUAUGUUCACACCAUGUGUUCAGUUUAAACUCCUGCAUUUACAUCAUGUACAAUGUUAAAGAUCUGUAAAAGUGAUUUUAAGCAUUAUUUUGAAAGAUCUGUAUUAUUUUAUGAGUCAUUUUAGAUCUGGUUUAGGCCUAGUCAUCUUCUAUUUGUACGUUUUGCAUGAAUAGAAAUGAUCUGGUUUAGGCCUAGUCAUCUUCUAUUUGUACGUUUUGCAUGAAUAGAAAUUUGUAAUUGUAAACGCCACAGCAACCAAACAAGACAAAUAUAAUUAAAAAAGAUAGGACUUUUUCCCCAUAUAAAAACAUGUUGAUCUUGUUUGAAUUAUUCACUUAUCAACAGUUUUCUAGCACCCAGCACAUUUCUACUCAAGUCUUGCUGUCAUUUUUUAUUUAAAUAAAUGACCAAUGCCAACAUUUGUCUUACAAAUUAACAAAUUUAGGUUUCAUUAUUCCAGGAAAGCAUUUUGAAAAAAUAGAAGAAAAAGUUUUUUUAUCAGCAUAUAAUUAACAAUGAUUAAAGCUGCUGGCUCUUUAAAAAAAUUAUAAAUGUCUGAGUGUCAUUCUAUAAGCAAUGAAAAAUAGAAAUAAAUUCACAGCUGUAUUAUAUGAGGCAUUUGAAAGGUUCUGUACUUAUAAAUGCUUAGGCCAAAAAAAAAUUAUGUCUAUUUCCUGUUUCCCGACCGACCCCGACUCACAGCUCCCGACCCUGGAUCUUUUUAUUCAAUUCCAUAAAAAAAGUUGCUUCGGGUCCAAUCCAGACCUGUAUGCCCAAACAAUCAAAAUGGCUGCUCCCAGCACAAAUGUUCCACAAUUAAGGUUUAAAAAAUGUAGGCACUGGGAUAAUUAGUCCAUUAAAGCUUUUUUAAAGAGAUUAAAUCAUUUUUGGGUACAGGAACCUAAUCAGACAUGACAUUUAACCGACUGCAAAUUUGCCAGGGAGUGCAAAAAAAUAUUUUAAAAAUCCCAACCUACCAACCCUGAUUUAUUUGCCUAGGCAGCAAGAAACAGACAUAAUUUUUUUUUGGCCUUACUUUAUGUUAAAUCCAGUGCUGUUGAAAUUUAUUAUAACAAGAUAUUCUAAAACAAAUAGGAAUGUUGUUUUUUCUCAUUUCUGUCAAACAAACAAGGAUGCACAUGUUUUGUUUCAUUUUGCAAUUUGUGUUUAUGUCUUUCAGUUUAAGCAUUAUCAUGAUUUAUGUAUGGUUGUUUAUUAUAGAUUAUAUACUUCUACCUCCUUUUUUCAAUCAGAAUUUAGCAGUACUUUUUGAAUUUUUUGAAAUACUAAGGCUUUUCUACCUCGGGCAUAGAUAACCUUAGCUAUAUUUGGCAAAACUUUUAGGAAUUUUGUUCCUCAAUGCUCUUCAACUUCAUAUUUUAUUUGGCCUUUUUAACUUUUUUUGGAUUCGAGCGUUACUGAUGGGUCUUUUGUAGACGAAAUGUGCGUCUGGCGUAUAUAUAAAAGUUAGUCCUGGUAUCUAUGAUGAGUUUAUUUUCUUUGAUUCUAAAAAGCAUACACCAUGUAUACUUACAUAUUUUUAUGACAAUAUGUAAAUACUAUUAAAGCAUUGAAUUUUGUGGGAUUCAAAUUUUGUGGUUUAGUCUCAAGUAAAGGAUUUAAAAGUAUUGCUAAAUUCUGAUUUAGGAAAUAGUAGCUAAAUUCUGUGAUUAUUUUGUUUGUAGAAAAGUGCUAAUAUGCUUUAUUACAGAACUUUUUUGUUCAAAUUAAUUAUGUUAUAUUGUAUAUAUUUAAAAUAGGGGAAAACCUUUUAUUAUUUUAGAUUGGAAGAGUUACUUCCCCUUGUUAAAAAUCAAUCCAGCUGUGUUACACAGUUGGUUUAAACACUUCAGAUCAUGUUUUGAAAUUAAAACCAUUUCCUGUCUAGCAUUUCUAGGCUAAGUUCAGAUUUUUUGGGUUAUUUAAAGGGGACUUUUAAGGUUCAUUACUCUUUGAAUCAAUUGAGAACUUUGAUUUUCAAUGCCUCCCUUAAAGAUAAACAGACAUGUUUUAAUAGAAGAGUUUCACAAUUAAUUUAAAUACUGGUUAUUAGUAAAAUCUCUAUAACUCUCAAAUAAUGUGCUACUGGAAAUCAAAAUGUUUUUAUACGAGAGUUUUAAAGAAAUGCAGAUGAAAAGGUAUUUGUUUUGUCUGAGUAUUCUGAAUAAAAGUAUCAUUUGCAAAUAUUAAAAACGUUUUUUAUUGCAGAAUAUUCUCAAAAUCAUUUAUUCAUAUUUAUGACGAUCAGUGCUACAACAUCUGAGACAUAGAUAAUCAUUUAAGUAACAUGAUCUGUAUAGUUUUUUCAUUUGUCAUGUGACACAAAGUGCUAUCAUUCACAUAUCACAUGAUUUGUACAUUUAUCAUGUGACCUGUUGUCGUUUCAGAUAGUUAAAAUGGAGGAUCACCUGAUUCUGCAAUAUAAAACAUGAAUACUCUGUGACAGUAUGAUUUGUGAUAACUAGAUCUCGAGCAAUGUGUUAUGGAUGUAUUGUGAUCCGCAAUGGUUGUUUUCACAAGAUUAUGAUGUUGUUUUGAUAUCUUUUGUAUGGAUGUAUUGUGAUCCGCAAUGGUUGUUUUCACAAGAUUAUGAUGUUGUUUUGAUAUCAUUUGUAUGGUUGUGUUGUAGAAUGCCUGACCCUAAACAUAGGCUUGAUUGUACUUAAAUGGUUGUUGACAUCCCAGUGAAUCUGAAUUGUAUAUCUUUUUUUAUAUUUGUAUUAUUACAAUAUUUUAAGAAUUAUAUCUACAUCAUGAACGUAUAGUCUUUUUAGAUAUAUAAUCUUUUUACAUUUUUUGGUCUAUGAGUCUAUGACACAGAUUGUUUUGAGAACAAGUUUAUAGCCAAAAAUAAUUCUGUAUUUUUUUUUUGUACACACUGAUUUUGUUGAUUAGUGGCAGCAUCAACAGUCUUAAUGAGAGAAAAAGCCUGUGAAACCUGAGAAUUCUUAUUGUUUUUAAUACUUUAACAUUUCAGAAAGUAUUUUGAAAUGUUCUAUAAAUGAAAGUUGUUAUCUUCUCAUGCUAAUGAUGUACACAUUUUUCUCAAUCUGGGAACUCAUAAUUUCUAUUUUUAGUCUAAUGAAUAAUCCUGUUCUAGGAAAU